CAUUUAGGGAAGGCAGAAAGUAGGUCAGGGACGGAGGUGCCUGUUUACCCGCGCCGGACUCACCGCCGCCGCCGCCGCGGGAUCCGAGUGGGGGCGCGGACGCGGGCGCUCCCGCGAGCCUCGGUGGUGCUGGUUAGAGUACACACUUUCGGAUCCAAAGUUAAGUUUUCAAAUGUGGAAUCCUAGGCCUUCACUGGUUUCUGGAAGAAGUUGACUGCCUGAAAGGAAACUACAAAACAUGAGACUCGCUUUGAGGUGACCAAUAAGUCCCGUGGCCCCUUGCUCCGCCCAGGGUGAAUCUGAGCUUUAAGAACUGUAACUUCAGAUGAAGAAACUUGAGCCCGGGGAGAGGGAGUGACCGCCCCAGUCACCUGGUGUGGAGCUGGGACCCCCGUGUGGGUGGGCAGUGCACGGCCCCUCCCUCUUCGACUUGGUUUGGAGUUGGAGUCCCUUGCAAGUUGCAGACCUCCAAUGGCUGACCAGAGAAUGGACAUUUCUUCGACAAUCAGUGACUUCAUGUCCCCAGGCCCCACCGACCUCCUCUCCAGCCCCCUCGGCACCAGUGGCAUGGAUUGCAACCGGAAGCGGAAAGGCAGCUCCACCGACUACCAAGAAAGCAUGGACACAGACAAAGACGACCCUCAUGGAAGGUUAGACUACACAGAGCACCAAGGAAGGAUCAAAAAUGCAAGGGAAGCUCACAGUCAGAUUGAGAAGAGGCGUCGGGAUAAAAUGAACAGUUUCAUUGACGAGUUGGCUUCCCUGGUGCCCACGUGCAACGCCAUGUCCAGGAAGUUAGAUAAACUUACCGUGCUGAGGAUGGCCGUUCAGCACAUGAAGACGUUACGAGGUGCCACCAAUCCAUACACAGAAGCAAAUUAUAAGCCGACUUUCCUGUCAGAUGAUGAAUUGAAACACCUCAUUCUCAGGGCAGCAGAUGGAUUUUUGUUUGUCGUAGGAUGUGACCGAGGGAAGAUACUCUUCGUCUCAGAGUCUGUCUUCAAGAUCCUCAACUACAGCCAGAACGAUCUGAUUGGUCAGAGUCUGUUUGACUACCUGCACCCUAAAGAUAUCGCCAAAGUGAAGGAGCAGCUCUCCUCCUCGGACACGGCGCCCCGGGAGCGGCUCAUAGAUGCAAAAACUGGACUUCCAGUUAAAACAGAUAAAACCCCUGGGCCAUCUCGAUUAUGUUCUGGAGCACGACGUUCUUUCUUCUGUAGGAUGAAGUGUAACAGGCCUUCAGUAAAGGUGGAAGACAAGGACUUCCCCUCUACCUGUUCAAAGAAAAAAGCAGAUCGAAAGAGCUUCUGCACCAUCCACAGCACAGGGUACCUGAAGAGCUGGCCACCCACAAAGAUGGGGCUGGACGAGGACAGCGAACCAGACAACGAGGGCUGUAACCUCAGCUGCCUUGUCACCAUUGGACGCCUGCAUUCUCACGUGGUCCCACAGCCGGUGAACGGGGACAUCAGGGUGAAAUCCAUGGAAUAUGUGUCUCGGCAUGCGAUAGAUGGGAAGUUUGUUUUUGUAGACCAGAGGGCAACAGCUAUUUUGGCAUAUUUACCACAAGAACUUCUAGGCACAUCAUGUUAUGAGUACUUUCACCAAGACGACAUAGGACAACUUGCAGAAUGUCACAGGCCAGUUUUACAGACGAGAGAAAAGAUCACGACUAAUUGCCAGAAGUUUAAAGUCAAAGAUGGUUCUUUCAUCACGCUCCGGAGUCGAUGGUUCCGUCCCAUGAACCCUUGGACCGAGGAAGCAGAGUACAUCGUGUCAACCGACACUGCCGUCUUAGCCAACGUCCUGGAAGGCGGGGACCCAACCUUCCCGCAGCUCACAGUCCCCCACAGCAUGGACAGCAUGCUGCCCUCUGGAGAAGGUGGCCCAAAGAGGACCCACCCCACUGUUCCAGGGAUUCCAGGGGGAACCAGGGCUGGGGCAGGCAAAAUAGGUCGAAUGAUUGCUGAAGAAAUCAUGGAGAUCCACAGAAUAAGAGGGUCAUCACCUUCCAGUUGUGGCUCCAGCCCAUUAAAUAUCACAAGUACACCUCCCCCUGAUGCCUCUUCUCCAGGAGGCAAGAAGAUUUUAAAUGGAGGGACUCCAGACAUUCCUUCCAGUGGCCUACUACCAGGGCAGGCUCAGGAAAAUCCAGGUUAUCCGUACUCUUCUGAUAGUUCCUCUAUUCUCGGUGAGAACCCUCACAUAGGCAUAGACAUGAUAGAAAACGACCAAGGCUCAAGUAGUCCCAGUAAUGAUGAAGCAGCAAUGGCUGUCAUUAUGAGUCUCUUGGAAGCAGAUGCUGGGCUGGGUGGUCCUGUUGACUUUAGCGACUUGCCAUGGCCGCUGUAAACGCUACGUGUUGCUUUGGCAACAGCUACAGUAUCAAAGUGCAUUACUGGUGGAGUUUUACAGUCUGUGAAGCUUACUGGAUAAGGAGAGAACAGCUUUUAUGUACUGUCUUCAUAAAAGCCAUCUCAGAGCCAUUGAUACAAGUCAAUCUUACUAUGUGUAACUUCAGACAAAGUGGAACUAAGCCUGCUCCAGUGUUUCCUCAUCAUUGAUUAUUGGGCUAGCUGUGGAUAGCUUGCAUUAAUUGUAUAUUUUGGAUUCUGUUUGUGUUGAAUUUUUUAAUCAUCGUGCACAGAAGCAUCAUUGGUAGCUUUUAUAUGCAAAUGGUCCUUUCAGAUGUAUGGUGUUUUUACACUACAAAGAAGUCCCCCAUGUGGAUAUUUCUUAUACUAAUUGUAUCAUAAAGCCGUUUAUUCUUCCUUGUAAGAAUCCUUUACUAUAAAUAUGGGUUAAAGUAUAAUGUAUUAGACAGUUAAAUAUUUUUAAUAAAUGUUUCCCUUGUUCUAUAAA